AUGGACGGCAUCGGACGGCGCGAACAAGGCCUCCUCUACGCCCGCGGCACAUACGGGCACAAGCCCAAGGUGCCCGUCGACGCGGACAGGCUGUACGAAGCGGCACACAAGGUCAUGUCCCCAAAGGCGUGGGGGUACGUCGCCGGCUCUGCAGGGCGCAAUCGGACCGACAAGGCGAACCAGGCCGCGUUUGAGCGGUACCCGAUCGUGCCGCGCAUGCUGCGCGACGUCUCGAAGCGGCCGAUGGGUGUGAGCCUCUUCGGGGUGGACUAUGCCUCCCCGCUCCUCUUUGCGCCGAUCGGCGUGCUCGAGAUGGCUCAUCCGGAGGCGGAGUCAGCCGUCGCGAAAGCCAGCCGGGAACUCGACAUCCCGAUGGUCCUCUCGACGCAGGGCUCGACGCCGAUGGAGACCGUCGCCAAGGCCCUUGGCCCGACGAAAUUCUGGUACCAGCUCUACUGGUCCAACGUGGACGCGCUCGCCAAGAGUCUUGUCCAGCGCGCGGAAGCCGCGGGCGCCAAGGUCCUCGUCGUGACCCUCGACACGCACGCGAUGGGAUGGCGCUGCAUGGACCUCGACGAGGGGUUUUUGCCCUUCGCGCUCGGGCAGGGCAUCGCGCAGUACACGUCCGACCCGGUCUUCCUGCAGCUGGCGGCGGCGCGCGUGUCGUCCGGCAAAGGCAGCGCGGCGCCGCCCCAGCGCCCGACGCUGAGCGCGCUCUGGGGCCUCGCGAGCAUUGUCGGCCAUUACCCCGGCAAGUGGAUCGACAAGCUCUUCUCGCCGCUGCCCCAGGCGGCCGUCCACUCGUUCCUCGACGUCUUCCCCUGCCCCCACCUGACAUGGAAGGACCUCGCCAAGCUGCGCGAGUGGACGAGUCUGCCGAUCGUGCUCAAGGGCAUCCAGUGCGCAGAGGACGCGCGCACCGCGCUCGAGCACGGCGUCGACGGCAUCGGGGUGAGCAACCACGGCGGGCGGCAGGUCGACGGCGGGAUCGCGGCGCUCGACUCGCUCGAGGAGAUCUCGCGGGAAGUGGGGGGCAAGGUGCCGAUCAUCUUCGACUCGGGGAUCCGCAACGGCGCAGACGUGUUCAAGGCGCUCGCGCUCGGCGCUGAUGCCGUGUUGAUUGGGAGGCCGUGGCUCUUUGGCCUGGCGAUCGACGGCGCGCAGGGCGCGCGCGACGUCAUGGCGCGUAUUGCCGCCGAGCUCGACCUCACUAUGGGCCUGGCGGGGGUCGCGGGCGUGCGCGAGAUCAACCGCGAGUGUGUGAGGAUUCCCAAGGCGUAG